CCUCACCUCUCACCACUCGGUCCCGACUCUCAUAAUGUAGCUCAACUGAAACUUUUGAAAGCCCCGAAUUCGGUCAAAGCGGCUCAUGGAGCAUGUUUUGUUCCGACGCUUCUGGAGCCCCGACGUGCUUACCACGGUACGGCCGUUCGAAGUUGCUUACGGGGUUGAAGCCGACGGCCGAGGCAACGCGUGGCGCGCCGACACACCACGAUGCAAACAAGCGUGCGGCUUAAGAAUCGGCAUAUAUAGGUAUAGUGUGCGCUCCCUUAUCUGUUUCAUUCAGGACCUUCGCAUUUCACACAAGUUCUUGAGCCUUCGACUUCCAUCCCGCCCGCCACCCUCUCCCUCGACCCUAUUCACUCCUCCCGCGUACACAGAAGCACGCUACGAAAACCUUGCCGUCAAAAGCAUAUCAUGGUGUCUAUCAUCAAGAGGAUCUGGCACCUGAGGCAGAAGCCGACUCUUGCCAGAGCCAAUCGCGCGUCCUUCACGAACGAGCAAUGGAAAGGCAUCCGCAUCAAGUUCAUCGCCCAGACAGCAGCCGGUGGCAUAGCCUUUGCGCUAUGGUUCCUAGCUUGUUCCUCGUACCUCUUCGGCACUCUUUACUUAUCCCCCGGGCGACACGACAACUUCCAUGUCCUAGCUAUAGACUACGAUGGCGGAGUGGUCGGUCAAGCGAUGGCAGCCGCCUACCAGCAACUCCAAGGUCCUAGCUUCUUCAAGCUCAUCUACCACUCUCCCGAGGAGUUCCCCACGCAAGAAGAUAUGUAUCACGCUGUUUGGGAAGGAAAGUAUUGGGGCGCCAUUGCCGCUGCUGAGGGAGCCUCAGAUCGAUUGUCUGCAGCUAUUCAAGGAGGCGAGGCUGCAACAACGUACAAUGCCGCAAACGCUCUCCAUUACAUCUGGAACCAACAGCGUUACACUGCUUUCUCGAACUCGAUUGUCCAGAGCGCCAUGCAGCAGCUCGUCACCGGUACACGGAUCGCUUACAGCAAAAUGAACGGCACCCAAGCAUCACAUUUCCUCAAUAAUACGGAUCCCGCAGCUGUGCAAGCAUUCAUGAAUCCCAUCUCGGCAACGGCAUAUAAUAUUCAACCGGCUCCUUUCGGCUCCGUUAUCCUCCUGAACACUGUAGCUAUGGCAAUGCCUGUCCUGCAGCAGUUCUUCUUCCUCCUAGUUCUCAAUGGCGUUGCCGCGAAGUACCAGCUGUACACUAAAAUGACAGUCCAUUCCAGCUUGCUCGUUCGUCGUAUUGCCGGCAUCCUUUUCACGUUCGGCGCAGCUCUCUGCCAGACUGGAUAUUACUGGGCAUUUCGGGAGAACUGGAAUGUAAACGGCAACCAGUUCGUCCUCACCUGGAUGACCUUCUGGCUUCUGAUGCAUAUCCAUCUGCUCAUCCUCGACAGCAUUAGUACGAUAGCGCCUCUACCGGUCAUGCCUUUCGUAGUUUUGCUGUGGGUAUUCUUGAACAUCGCUAGCACACUGAGCCCACUCGAGCUGCAAGCGGGGUUCUACCAUUGGGGUAUCGCUCUUCCCAGCCACAACGCCUAUUCCAUCCUGAUCACAAUCUGGACGGGCGGAUCCGAUAACCGACUAUAUCGGGCGCUGCCGAUCAUGUUCGCUUGGUGGAUCGUUGCGAACCUUACUACCUCCGCUACGCACAUCCGCGCUUGCCAUCUGGCGUACAAAUUCCAGCAAGAGGAGGAGGGCGAGGUCGGACCAGCCAAGGACGAGGAGGAGGCUGCUGCCCCGCGUGAGAGCCAAGCUCGCGAGCCGAUCUCCCGGCAGACAACCAUCGCCAGGACUGCGACCGGCCUGGAACGACAGAGGACCGUCGAGGAGAUUGCGAGAGAACAACGGCAAGUGUAUGGACCUUCGGUCCCGCCGUUCGCAUAGAGAUAUGAGGAGAUCGUCAUCCUGGGAUGCUCCUGGCUGACCGAAUACUGUACGAUGUGUUGUAGUUACGGACACUGACGAUGUCACGACAAUCAUGAUACCUUUAGAUAGUACUUAAUGCUUAAUCAUUAUUCGUACCUAACGUUGAUAAUGGACGUUCGUACGGAGUA